AUGAGACCUAGAAGGGAACCCGGAUCGUCGUCCUUCUCAAGGACAACAAGGUAUGCGCUGAGAAAUGCGCAAGGUCUCACAGCAGACAGCAGUGCCAGCGAAGCUGACACUGCUCAAACCGACUUUGACCUAGCCAGUAAUGAAGAUGUGUACUCAGAAGAUGCUGAUGCAUCUGAAACAUCGGCAGGCACUGAGGUGCCUGCCACAAACAUUGCCAACCAUGAGGUCGUACCUCAAGGGCCUGAGGACUCCCCAGGUACACAAAGUCCAGGCUCCGCAGUGCCUGAAACUACUUCCUCUACUGCAAGAGGCAUGUCUCUAGGGCCUGUUGAUACCCCAGACACGUCUAAAACGUCCUCGGAGCCAACAUUGGCUGAGAUCUACCAGCUGCUCAUGUUUCAAGCAGCGAGGAUGGACCAGAUGGAAACCCGGCUGUCUGAGUCUCAGAGCAGGCUCGAGGACAAGUUCGAGUGCAGGUUCACUGCACUCGAAGAACGACAGAAGAGUCGUUCACACUCUGGUUCCAACCAGAGUGAAUCUAGCUCAACUGCGUCCAGUAUAGAUGCAGUCCCCUUAAGACCUCCAUCCACCUUAGGGAUGUGCAACGAAAGUAACUCGACCAAAACCCCAUUGGUUCCUUCAGAACCAUCACGGCCCCCUACCAAUUUGUCUCCUCCCAAGGAGACACACCGUCAAAACCCCCUGGUGGUUGAAAAACCACCAACUACCUCAAUGCAUGUCAAUUAUGAUAUGCAUUCUAGGAGGAAAAGAGCUCUGCACGAUGGGGUGCAGAGCUCCAAUACAAAUGACGGCGCUAGCUUCGCUAGCGCCCAUCCUCCUGAUCUCCCACCCGAUCCAGGACAGAUCGGUGUUUUCGACACGCCUCCUGGGCCCUCUGAGGGCCCUGACGUGUCGAAUCCAAAGAAAUAUGGUACUGCAGAUGCCCCAGGCUAUGCAGUACCAUCUCGACUUCCUGAGGAGCCAUCUAACGUGCCUCCAGGGCCUAAAAAGCCCUUUGAUGCACCGGAUCCCCCUGUACCUGACAUAAUCGGACUUCUACCCACUCCAAAACCACAAAAGGGCCUUGGCACACCUUCGCAAACUGCUGAAAGUGGCAGUUUUCCAACGAUUACGCAGCCCUCAGAAGCCAUGAAUGGCCAACUCGAAAGAAUCGCGCUGGCCAUAACGGGUCUCACAACCCGUUUUGACGCAUCACAAUUAGAGACACGGGAAAAGAUGGAUGAAAUCCAUCAAAAACUGGCUGACCUCAGUAAGGGCCCGGUUAUCAUUCACGAUUCCCAGGUCCAAUAUGAGGCAGUUCCAGAUGAGCUGAGAGAAAACUCUCAGCGCCCUCGCUCUGAAUCAGCUAGAAGCCGAUUAUUGACUAAUGUGCCUGUCACUGGCACUAUUCCACUGAGGCCUUGGGAGGUACUAAACCCUCCAGCUGCCUCAACCUCACGCGUUAAUAUUAAUGCGAUUAACACCGGUGUAAAACCCGCUGUAGUAUGA